UUUCAGGGUGGAGGCCGUCACCCUGCCUAGCGCCUCUACUAACCUCGGACUCGGCGUGACGGCGGCAACCGGUCGCGGAGCCGCCCCCCUCGCCCCCCGCUGCCCGUCGCCCCCCUCGACGCCGCCGCCGACAGGGAAGACCCCGCCGCCGCCGCCGCCGCCCCUACCUCGACGACCGCUCACUGCCAGGACCGCCAUCGUCCAGCCCGACCCGAGACCAGGACCGAAAUCACACCGGGACAGCCGUCGCCCCCCCCCACACACAUGUCGCAGCUGCACUCCCCGCGCCUCGCCAACCCUUAGGUCUUGUUUGCCGCCAUCGUGCCGCCCUCGCGUGCUCCCGGCAUGGCCCAGCUGGAAAUACCGUCCAUAGUGGUUCACAACGGAUCAAGCAGCACGCCAGGCAGCCCCAGCAUGGAGCGCCCCUCCAGAUCACUGCGCCAGCACCGCACCCUCUCAAAGCAGAUUUCCCUCCUGGACGACGACUGCGAUGAAGGCUUGGAUGACAGCAGGGACUUGCUGCCUGAGAGUCCUACCACACACGGUGCCAACCACACCCUCUCGGCCAACACUGCUGGUCUUGAUGAAGUGUCUCCGCCGCUACCUACAACCAACUUCACUCAUCACCACAGUGGUCUGCCCCAUGGCCCCGGACCAGGAGGAGGAGGAGGAGGAGGAGGUGGUGGCAGUGGUGGUGGUGGUGCUAGUGCUGGGGGUGGAGGAGGAGGAGGCAAUAGUAUUGGAGGAGGAGGAGGAAGGAGAAAAGAAGAAGAGGAGGAAGGAGAGGAAGGGGUGGGAAGAGGAACAGUGGGGGACAGUGGAGGAACUGGUGGGAACAAUGGCUGCAGCAGAAAUAGUGCCUCCAAUAGUCAGUCAGGUCUCAGUGCACCCAAUCAGUGUGGUUCAGUUCUUGGUAAUUCUGGCCAAACGCGCUCCAAAUCUCUGGAAUUAAAUCAGCAACGCUCAACCGAAUCUGAUAAAGACGCGCCUCUAGUCACAUCUGCAAGACACAGGCAUCAUGGAGGGAAGCUAAAACUCUUGCAACGAAGCCAUGCCAUGCGCGAAGACACAUCACCACCACCAGAGAUUCUGGAGCCUGCACCCCCCUCACCCCACUGUAACAGCCACUCAAGCAGUGGGGGUAGCAAUACCCUCACUGUGACCUCGGGUGGUGGCAACAGGAGGCGACUGAAGCAUCAGGGUUCCUCACAGGGGUCCUUUGAUGGGUCCUCGCCCUGUCUGUCGCGAGAUUCGUCAAUGGAAUAUACAGACAGCAGUGGUGUCGACUUGCAGCAGUUCAUCAUCCAGACACUUCACAAGAACCAAAAGGACCGCAUGAUGCUACUCAAGAUCGAGCAUGAGCUGGUCAAUCUUGUGAAGGAUACCAAGCGAACACACCACAAGUUUCCUCCAAUGUCAUCAUACCAGCGAAUGCUUGUUCACCGGUGUGCUGCAUUUUUUGGACUUGAGCAUAAUGUAGACCAAGCUGGAACUGCUGUCAUAGUCAACAAAACGCGGAACACACGCCUUCCUGAGACGCGGUUCAGAGACCACUGCCGUGACGAUCUCUUAGUGCCAGAUGAACCUAAGAGGUCCAUACUUAAAAGAGACUCAUCAUCCUUUGAUGAUGGGUCUAAUUAUAAGUCCCUAGAUAGACAGUACAGCUCAGAGUCCAGGCGGAGCAAGAGCUUCGAGGAACGAGAAGAGGAGUACGAAAAAGUAAGGAAGCGAAUAUUCAGUCAGGAGUCUUUGUCAUCAGCUGAUGGUCUAGGAGAUUCACCUGUCAGAGGUCAUGAUUCAAGAAGAAACUCCCAAGAUGACUCGCGGUGGCAUGACUCACGACACUGGAAUUUUAUAGAUUCAGAAAUCUCACAUCGAAAACAUCAUUAUGACAAUCAUAGAUUAAGGCCAGGCAGAUUACCUAAGGUGGAGUCAUUCGAGAGCAGAGAUACACUCCAUCCGAGAUCACUAAGACCACCUGUUUUUAAGUCACAUAGUUUUGGGGGAUAUAGUGGAGGUGUUACUGUUUUAUCCAGAGGAGAAUCAGUUUCGAGUAAUAUAUCAUCUUCUAGAUUAAGUAAACAGGACUCAACCAGUAGCCGUUUAAGUGACCAGAGCAGCAGUUCCGGGUAUAAAACACAAAGGCAAGACACCAGUUCCACCAACGUGUCGAACACCCUCUCCACCACGCCAUCCCCAACGACUAGUCAGCAUCAGCACACUUCCGGUGGUCAGAAUGCGGGUAUGUGGGGAGGUGAAGGUGAUGGUCAGGCAGUAAUGUGGGCAGUAACAGAUAUGGAAGCUGUGCCAGCUGGUGCAAUGCUUAUAAACCCACAGAGUGGACAGCCAUACAUGAACUCCGAUGGAUCUGUCUAUCGAUUUGAUCCAAACAAUCCACCACAAAUCAGUCCCAGUGUAAUUGCCAGCAGUACAGCAAGUGGAAGCACCAGAGAAAAGGAGACAACAGUAGAAAAGGAAACAACAGGUUGUUUAGGGGGAAGUUUAGGAGUAACGCAACAAUCAGCCGUCUCCCCUGCUUCCUCCCAUGACCUCCCUCCUUCAACGUCGUCUAGUGUUUGUAGUCCACCAAGUAAACAGCCAAGUCAUCAGCAGAGCUCACCAGAACCUCCUCAACACAGUGUGGUCACUUGUGUAACAUCAACAAGUGGAGAAGUAAGAGAGUCAGAGACUAACAGUGAUACAGGUAAUGGAAGUACGGGUGAAGUCAUCCAGCAACCUCCUCAGAUGAUCUAUCCACAGUAUUAUCAACAUUCACAGCUAGAUACAAGAACAUUCUCACAGGAGGGCAGUGUGAAUGAAGUGACCAGCAACCUUCGAGCCCUGUGUUUAAGUGGUCCAAACAGUGGGGGUGAAAGCAACAGUGAUAUUGCAACAAUUCAGAUGUCUGCGGCCCCAGUCCAUCAGAGUUAUGUUGUUCCGCGACAGUACUCGCAGCCUGUGUACUACAUGCCAGCAGGAAGUAUGGGGAACAUGAGUGGAUCCCUAAAGUAUGUGUACCCCCAGUACCAGAUGGCUCCGGUACAGGCAACUCCAACAGGAGUACAAGCAACGACGGGAGUACAGUCAGCGAAUUUACAACAGGUUCAAGCUAUUCCUGCUGUCCCUGCUGUCCCAGCUGUGCCAGCGGGUAUUAGUGCAGCACCAGCACCCCCAGCUGGGCACCAUGCUACAUUGGAGCACAACCAUGUCAUACCUCCAGGUGGAGGAUAUGUCCCAGGAGGCUACACAGUUGUCACUUAUCCAGCAGGAGGUAGUGUUGGAACUGGGGCCAAUGGACAGGAGACUGGAGGCACCACUUAUUACUACCAGCUCCCUGCAGCAGCUGCAGCUGGCCUCAGUGGCCCCAUCCCAGCUGCUCAGCCUGUUCCAACAAGUCUACAGCAAUAUACUCUAACACCAUCUACUUCUAGCUCGUAUCCACAAUUUGUUACAUAUGAAGGCUUUUACAUAAGCCAAAGCUGUCUGGAGACUCAGCUGAAACAUUGAUACCAAACAAUCAAACAGCACCUUGAAUGGACUUCAGACAUUGAAAAAUAUUAUUCUUUUGUUUUGGUUACCUGAUGACUAGAUUGGGUGUGCAAGAUGGAUGACUCCUAGACAGCAACAGUGAGGAAGAGAGAGCUUAAAGAGCACCAUGUAACUUGUCCUGUGACAUGAAAUGAACCUUGGACUUUACCAUCACUUGCGUGAAUACUGUUGAUUGGAUGGUGAUUCUUUUUUUCCUCAAGAUGGUUUGGUAACUUCAGUGAUGUGGGCCCAAACACUGGGAAUAAACUGAUAGAUUAGCUUCAUCUAUGUUUUUUUUUUUUUUUUUUUUUUUUUUUUUUUGAUAAAAGAAAAAAAAUGCAUUUUGCUAAUCAGAUAUGUUUGACAUCCAGGACCUAGGAAACAGGUACUGUGCUUACAUAGAAAAAAAAAUGUGUAAAAUUGGAAACUGAAAGAUCUUACACCAUCUGCAUCCCAACUUAUUGGUCAGAUUUAUGGAUUUCUUUCUCCACUUUUUAAGUUAGGGCAAACUGUCAUUAAGAGAAAGGAGAGAAAAAAAUAGAUUUCAUUUAGUCAGAAAUAAAGUGAACAAGCAUCAGAUGUUGAAGUGACAGUAACAGUGUAACUAACUCUGGCAUUGAAACCUUUUGUAUGUCACCCACUUUAUGCCCAAAGUUAUACCCAUAAUCGAAAAGGAAAUUAUUUGCCUUAUUCAUGAUAUCCAUCAGAGAUGAACAGAGUGAUAAAUCAUUGUGAUAAAUGUUUGGAAAGUGUGAAUGAGAGUGAAUAAUUUUACAAUACAUAUAUGUAAUGAAUGUUUUGACAUCACAUCUUCAAGCAGACUUGCUAAGAAAUAUUAUCCCCACUACUGAGGUUAGGUAUGUAUGAAAUUUAGAAUACACUUUGAUUAAAAGAUUUAUGACAGAAAUAACUUUUUUUUCUCUAAAUCAUCCUGUUGAGAGCUCCUUUAUGCAAUCAGCAAGACCAUUUUACUGGAAAGGAGUGUCAAGCCAUACCACAUAUAUAAACUAUUUUAACUGUUUUCUUGCCAAGGAUUUCAUGACUCCCUGUCAGUUUCAGCAUUGUUUUAGUUUAGUUUAAAUAAAAGUUAUGAUCUUUUGUAAGCUAUUUUUAAAUUUGUUUUAAUUAGAUGAUUUCACAUGAAAAUACGAUCAUAUUUUUUUUCUUUCUUUCUUUUUUCGAUGUUACAGAUUGAAGGCCAGGAGUCAGUUUCUUGACUUUUUUUAAAUACAUAUUUCAUAUUUGUUUUAUAUAUGUAUAUGUAGAUUACCUGUUAAAGCAAACAAAUUAUUGUGCUGUCUUAAGUUAUGACUCCCUGUCGUGUGGUUUACUACUUGUGCAUUUCUCCUAAUGGCAGGGCAUCUAUAUUAAAUAUCCAUGUUCCCCUUCAGUUUCUGUUUUGAAGGUAAAGAUUUGCAUUAAAAGCUAAUUGUUACCAAUUGUUUUUGAGCCCUAACAUUGUCGUUAUUGUUCUGUUGUUUUACUGCCAUAUAGUGCUGUAAACAUUUUUGUGUUAUAAAGCAUUUCAGAAAUACCUUUGGUAAGAGAUAGAAAAUGUAUGACUAAAAAUUUUUUGAAUGCUUGACUAGAUAUUCAUCUAGUAUUCAGCUCUCACUUAUUUUAAGAAUUGAUAUCGAGUUUAUGGUUUUUGUAUUUUAUCUAGGAAUUUUUGUAUUUUGGUCAGGAAUUCUUUAUCUUGUUGAUGAAUCUUUGCUAUUACCAUUUAAUAAUGGGAGCUUCAUCUUUAAGUAAGUGAUUCAAUUGAAUUUUUGGUAUUGUCAUAUAGGGCAGUCAUGAUGCUAGGUUACAGUAAUAUGUGAAAGCUAGUGUUCAUAUACUUGUAAGCUUCAUGUUUCUGAUCAAUUUAGUGGAAUCAGGGUAGAGUUUACAGUAUUGUGGGAUUUUGAGUUAGAUAGGUGGCAUAUGUUUUUGCUUUUAUAAAUAAGUAUUAUACUAUUUAGAAUUUGUAAUAGAAAAUUAUUUGAUAUUUUAACUCUUAUACAAUUCUCCCAGCAUUAUUUUUUGUAUCAUGUGAAUCAUGCCUUUGUUAUCUUUAUGAUCAAAAGUAGCACAUACAUGGCAAUCUGUACUAUCUGUUAGGAUAUUAACCAUGUUAGUCAUCUAGUGUUAAGUAAGAUGGAAAGCUAACUCAGGUUAAGAGGUAUUUAUUUCUUAGAAAGGCAUUUACUUAUCUAGAAAAUAAACAAAAGAAGAUUGUGUGGUGCAAGAGGACUUUAUUCAAUCUGGCUAAGCUUGUCUUUAAUAAAGAAAUGUUAUUUAAAAUGGCCAUUAAUAAGAUAUGGUGACUUACCUAUGAAGAAUCCUAUUUUCUUUCUUUUUUUAUUAAAAAUUAAAUCAACAUCAGUUGCUAUAACAUAUGCUUAGCAGGCAAUAGCUUUGGUAAAAAUGCUUGAGUGAAAUAGAAUCUUUCCAUGUAUGAUAUUUGUCCUUUUAAAACCAUCAUAUUACGGUUUUCACUGUGACAAAUAAUGGAAGGAGUUUGCCAUUGCAUAAUGAGCGGAACUGGUUGCAGAGCACAGUUUAUAUCACUAAUAUUAUAACUGUCUGGUGUAAGAUGCCAAAAUUCUUGAACUUUAUAAAAUUUUUAAACUUAGUGGGUUUAUGAUUACCAAAUAAAGUAAAAAAUUGGUUAUAAGAUUUAUAUUAUUAAAUGUGUAAUGCUGUGUGACUCCUCAGUGGUUCAGACUCAGAUUCUUGGAAGCGAUGUUUACAGAUGAUGUUUUAUGAAUGUUCAGUUUGAUUUUCAGUCUUAUUGUUCUUAUGUUUUCAACUCAUGUCAGUGCCUGUUUAUAGUAUUUGGCAUCUUCAUUUGUAAUUAGUCAGUCUUCUUUAUAAUUAUAAUGAUAGACUGUUUAUCCCCAGCACUGUUGAGUAUGCAAAAACCAGGCACUCGGCACUAAUAAUAUUUGUCUUGAUAGCAAUUCACCGUGUCAGGAAUAGAUAACUUUUUUUUUCUUUUUCUUUUUAAUUUGAAAUAGUAAUCAUGUAUCGAAGCAAUAUUUUAGGAAUCUAUUAGUGUGUAUGAAAAUUGUAUUUCUUUUAUGGCCUGUAAUAUUUUAAUAGUGUAUUUGAGAUC